AUCGGGCGGAACCUGGUCGACUUCCUCAGGCCAUUCAGCGGUCGCGUUAUCAAAGGGGGUAUCGUCGAUGCUGAUGGCUUCCGCUUAGGUGGAGAAGAAGUUCCCUCCCAGGUAUGGCUUGAUGGUCUCAAGAAAGAUUGGGGAUUCGCGGGCAACAGGCUGAAAGAGGUGCCGAUUAAUGGAGAGACGGUAACAAACAGAGCAGCUACUAUCAGCGAGGUGAAUUAAUAACACG